AUGGAUAAGAUACUCUACGGAACCCUAUGCCAGCAACUGCUGGACAAACUAUCCUACGACAAAAACCAUGUCCCCUUUCGCCCCUUUUCCCAAGAUCUCCCCCGUCCAUCCUGGUCCACCCCAGCAGAAUGGAACGCCGCUAUAAUGGUCUCCAAGCUCUUCUAUUUCUAUAUCGACGAAUUCACCCAACAGAAAAUCCUCCUCUUCGUUGCCCAUUUCUGGCGCCAUGAUCGCGGUGAUCCCACCAGCGUCUCAGCAGCAAAGACAUUCGUCCCUACGCUUCUCAGCUCCACCGAUCAACUCCCCCAAGUCCAACAAGACUACAUCUCACUCCUCCACUCCCUAUCCCACGACUACAACGCCUUCGACAUCGGCCGGAUCUUCAAAUCCGUCGUGGAUUUCAUGAGCGGCGUCAUCGCAGAAGCAGAGUUCCUACCUCGCAUUUCCCAAUCCCCCCCGUCUGAUGGCCAAUUCCUCCGUCGAAUGACAGGGAUGGGGGAUGCGUUUGCGCAUUUAUGUUUCCCGCGGGCGUUGAACAUCCCCCCUGAAGAUUAUAUCUUGUUGAUUCCGGAGUUGGAUAAUUUCAUGGAUCAUGUUAAUGAUGUGUUGUCGUUUUAUAAGGAGAGUAUUGUGGGGGAGGAGGCGGAGAAUCAUAUCCUGCGGCAUGCGAGGUUGAAUGGGGUGAGUGUUCAGGAGAGUGUGGAGCAUUUUAUGAUGCUGGCGGAACAGAGUGCAGGGAAUAUUCGGAGGUUGGCGGCAUGUACACCCGAGUUGCAGCGGGUCAUGGAGUUGUUUUUGCAGGGGUAUAUACGGUUUAAUACCGAGUGUCCUCGGUAUCGGUUGAAGGAGUGUAUGCAAGGGAUUGAGUAUAGGUGGUGGGGUGUCUGA